CUGAUCAUCACAGCCUCACAUAACCCGAAAGAAGACAAUGGCUAUAAAGUCUAUUGGAAUAAUGGAGCGCAGAUCAUCGACCCACAUGACACAGAAAUUAUCCGAUUGGCCGAGGCAGAGCCUAUGCCGCUACCAAACGAGUACUGGGACACAGCUGACCUGAUGAAGAGUCCGUUGCUGAAAUCUGCCGACUCUGUGACUGACGCAUACUUUGAGGUCGAAAAAGCAUCGCUCAGCUACCACAAGAGUAUAAACGAAGGCUACACCGCUGAAAUUCACCUAUACGGCAUUCCACGGCGUUGGCUAUCGUUACGAGAAGCGUAUGUUCAAGGAGAACAACAAGAAGCAGAUCCGAACUUCCCAACGGUACCGUUUCCGAAUCCAGAGGAGGGUGCUAAGGUUCUGACGCUGUCGUUCAGAACAGCUGAAGCUUAUGGUUCCACGUUCAUAGUCGCCAAUGAUCCUGACGCUGACAGAAUACAAAUAGCUGAGAAGAAGGCGAAUGGCGAUUGGAAAGUAUUCACUGGAAACGAAAUGGGCGCUCUAAUGACCUGGUGGGUUUGGAUGAACUGGUCCGAGAAAAACCCGAGAGUGAAGAAAUCUGAUGUAUAUAUUCUGAACAGCGCUGUUUCUUCACAAAUAGUGAAGACAAUGGCUGAAAAGGAAGGAUUCAAAAGCGAUGUGACACUGACCGGUUUCAAAUGGAUGGGUAACAAAGCACAUGAACUACGGCAAAAGGGCAAACAUGUGAUUCUCGCUUGGGAGGAAAGUAUCGGAUUCAUGCCUGGACAUCCUGCGGACAAGGAUGGAGUAAGCACCGGUGCAAUGUUCGCUGAAAUGGCCGCAUGGUUGCAAACCCAGGAGAAAACCCUUCAGGAUCAGCUUUUCGAACUGUACAGCGAAUAUGGUUUCCAUCUUGUUCGUUCCUCGUACUGGUUCACUCCAAGUCCAGCAGUGACCAAGGAACUGUUCGCUUCAUUGCGAAAAGACUUGAAGGUGAGUAGGGAAGACCGCUCAGGU